AUGGUGUUGAAAAUAUUUGGAGUGCGGCUAACGUGGAAGAGACUUGUUGUUACUGGUACGGCUGCCUGUGUUGGAACAUUGGGAAUAAUGGAGUGUGCUCCAAAAUUGCUGGAAGCCCGAAGAAUGCGUGCGUGUCGUCUCCGUCCGCCGCCUUCGAUGGAGGAAAUCGUCCUCUUCAAUAGUCCUCUCACAACCCGUGAACAGAAUGUUGAACGCAUGAUGAAAAACAGCGAGAUCUUCGAUGUCUUGGUCAUCGGCGGAGGGGCCACAGGCACUGGAAUAGCUCUCGAUUCUGUUACUCGCGGCUUGAGCACCUGCCUUGUGGAUAAGCAGGAUUUUGCCUCUGGUACAUCGAGUCGCUCCACAAAGCUCAUCCACGGUGGCGUGCGCUACCUUCAAAAGGCUGUUUUCAAUCUCGAUCUUGAACAGUACAACAUGGUGAGGGAGGCCUUGAGUGAACGCGCCAAUCUCCUGCACAUUGCACCACAUCUUGCCCACCCACUGCCCAUUAUGCUGCCCGUCUACAAGUGGUGGCAGGUGCCGUACUUUUGGGUGGGGAUCAAGAUGUACGAUCUGGUCUCCGGCACGCAGAUUCUCAAGUCGAGCUACUUCCUCAACAAGUCACGCUCCCUCGAACUCUUCCCCCACCUCAAGGAAGACAAACUGAAGGGAGCCCUUGUCUACUACGAUGGUCAACACGAUGAUGCGAGGAUGUGCCUUGAUGUCGCCUUUACUGCCAGUCGCCAUGGCGCUGUCAUCGCCAAUUACGUGGAAGUCGUCGAACUUCUAAAAAGCCCCUGCGAAGACCCAAAUCAGAAGGACGCAUCGGGCAAGACAAAAUUAGUCGUCAGUGGGGCCCGCAUGCGUGAUGUGCUGACGGGCAAGGAGUUCGUUGUGCGUGCCCGUUGUGUUGUCAACGCAACUGGCCCUUUCACCGACAGUAUCCGCAAGAUGGAAAACAACAAAGUUAAUUCCAUCUGCCAACCAAGCUCUGGAGUCCACAUUGUUCUGCCAAAUUACUACAGUCCUGAAAACAUGGGCCUCUUGGAUCCCUCAACAACUGACGGGCGUGUCAUCUUCUUCCUACCUUGGCUUGGUCAUGUCGUAGCUGGGACUACAGACCGUCCCUGUGAGGUGACCACCUCUCCAAAACCUUCCGAGGAGGACGUUGAGUUCAUUCUCUCCGAGAUCAGGAGCUACCUCUCUCCGGACCUCAAAAUUCGCCGUGGUGAUGUGCUUUCCGCGUGGUCGGGAAUCCGUCCCCUCGUCUCCGACCCCAACUCAAAGGAUACGCAGUCGAUCGCGCGAAAUCACAUAAUCGCCGUGGGUGAUAACAACUUAAUCACCGUUGCUGGCGGCAAGUGGACCACCUAUCGCAAAAUGGCGGAGGAGGCUGUCGACAAGUGCGUUAAGGUAUGCGGUCUUAAGCCGAAGUCAGGGUGUCGCACCACAGGUCUCCUUUUAAACGGCGCACAUGGAUGGUCUCCGAACCUGUUCAUCCAGAUUUCACAAGAGUACGGAAUCGACCGGGAUGUGGCCAUUCACCUGGCCUCAACUUACGGCGGUCGGGCCGUCCAGAUUGCCCAACAGGCCAAGCUAACCGGGCUGCGCUACCCCCUCGUGGGCCGGCGUCUCCAUCCCGACUUCCCCAUCAUCGAAUCUGAGGUGACCUGGGCAUGCCGUGAGUACGCCUGUAAUGCGGUCGACUUCCUCGCCCGUCGCUCCCGUCUGGCCUUCCUCGACGUCGGUGUAGCGGUGGAAGUUUUGCCGAAAGUGAUUGACCUCAUGGCUGCUGAGCUUAAGUGGUGUCCUCUGCGCAAAAAGAAGGAGCACGAACUAGCAAUGAACUUCCUCAAGACUGAAAUGGGUCUCGGGAUGAAACGCACCGGCCCUGUUCCGGUCAACUUCUCCCCCGAGGAGGUGGAAAAAAUCAAGCAUCAAUUCAACUCAAUUGACGUUGAUCAGAAGGGCUACAUCACAGUAAUGGACCUCCGCAAGUUUUUCACGAACCAAGGCGAAACUGUCAGCGAGGAGACGUUGAAGAGCAUUCUUUCCGACCUCGACUUGAAUAGAAACGGUGAAAUCGACAAGGAUGAGUUUCUUCAAUUCAUGAGCUCACUGAAGACGGGCACCGUUCCGCACCACUCGCUGAAAAAUGUGCUCAAUCGUCCCAAGAUUCCUGUUCACAGGAGCGCCGGCGGUGUCUAA